AUGUUUCGGUCUUUCAGCUAUGCGCCGUCCGUGGCGCUGGCUCUCGCGGCUUUCGUCAACGGCCAAACUCCAGACGUCCUUGGCCUCGCCAAUGGCUUCAUCGACUACGAAGCUGGUCAGGUCACUGGCCAGAUCGUUCGCGACUCCCAGACGCUCGCUUCGAUGAAGGUUGGAUCCGGCUUCGACUUUCUUCCUUCGGACUUCCUCGCAAACCUGACGCAUACCGCCUACGCCAACCAUCUUGGAGAUGUCAAUUUCCAUUACAAAGUCGCAGGCCGCGGCAACUGGACCUUGGUUGCGUCCGCCAAAGAUAGAAAGGCCGUCACAGCGCUGAAAGAUCUUGCUCCUGGCGUCCUCGCCGCCGCUGAUCUUGCCCCUACGCUCCCUUCCGGCAUUCCUCUCAAAGUCACCAGGGAAUGGCUCAAGGAUGGCGAAGGCCUCGCUCUCCGCGUAAACCUAACCAACACUGGUAAGGACGAUGUUGAGCUCGGAUCGCUCGGCCUGCCUGUCGCCAUUAACAACAUCUUCUCCACCCGCGAUCCUGAGAACCUUCAGCAGCAUUGCUCUCUUGCGGACCCAUACAUCGGACUCGACGCCGGAUAUGUUCGUGUAUCGCCAGUUGUGGGAACCGGAAACGCUCUAGUCGUUACACCCCUUGGCAAAAGUCCCCUUGAAGCAUGGAGAUACGUUGAUGAGCCGGAGGGAGACUUUGGGUACGGUUCGCAGACCUACGAGGCCACCUAUGAGUGGACGAUUCACUCUCAAGGCUGGGCGGACGUGGAUUGGGAAGGUGCUGAUUCCUGGAACAAGCCCACGUCGAAGACUUUGAAGGCCGGUGAGGCGUAUUCUGUCGGCCUCAGGUUUUCAAUCGCGGAAAGUAUCCAGACCAUUGAAGAUGCUGUUGAGAAGGCGGGCAUUCCUCUCGCUAUUGGUCUUCCGGGAUAUGUUAUUCCUUCCGAUCUAACUGCCCGUCUGUAUCUCACGCACUCAUCCCCAGUGAAGUCCAUCGACAGCGCCGGUGCUUUCACAAUCAAGCAAGAUGAGGCAGCCAAGGGCUCUCCCUACCUGCUCACCCCCGAGAACGGUAGCUGGGGCAGAAACAAGGUCACCAUCACCUACGAAGACGGCAAGACGCAGGUGGUCCACUACUACAUCAUCAAGCCGGCCACGCAAACUGUUGCGGAUAUGGGCCACUUCCUCACCACCGCCGCCCACUUUACUGAUGAGAAGGAUCCCUUUGGCCGAGCCCCCUCCAUCAUGACGUACGACCGCGAGGCCAACGCCAUCGUUUCUCAAGAGUUCCGUUCCUGGAUUGCGGGACUGAGUGACGAAGGAGGUACUGGUGCGUACAUUGCCGCUGCCACCAAGCUCUAUAUCCAGCCCGUCAGCCGAGAGAUCGAGGUCCUGGACGCGUUCGUUCACGACACCGUCGUUGGGACUAUUCAGCCACCAGACUCUUUCGCUGUCAGAGCUAGUACGUUCUACUAUGAGCCUGGCAAGAUCGAUUUCCAGUAUGCUUCCGGCCCGGAUUACAGCAGCUGGAUGACUUGGAACAAGGAGAGAGCGUACACGACCACCCGUGCGUACAACUACGUUCACCCCGUUAUCGCAUACUGGACCAUGUAUCGGGUGGCAAGGGCCCAUCCCGAAGUCAAGACCCGCUCUGACUGGACCUGGUACAUCAACCAGGCGUUCAACACCGUCCAGCACUGCCUGAGCAACAAGACGGAAGGCUGUGAUUACGGUUUGACCGGCCUCAUGGGCGAGACUGUUUUCGGCGAAUUGCUCGAGGAUCUCAAGCGCGAGAACAUGACGCAGGAGUUCACUGCUCUCGAGGCCUCCAUGAAGUAUCGUGCGGAACACUGGGACAGCCAGGCUGUGCCGUUUGGAAGUGAAAUGGCUUGGGACAGCACCGGACAGGAAGGCGUCUACUACUGGACCGACUACUUCGGCCUGGCAAAGACCGCGACCAAGGCCAUCCACAGCAUCGUGGCCUACAUGCCCACUGUGGCCCAUUGGGGAUACAACGGCAACGCCCGACGAUACUGGGACUUCAACUACGGCGGCAAGCUUCAGGGCAAUGAGCGCCAGAUCCACCACUACGGAUCUGGCCUGAACUCCCUUCCUCUGCUGCACUACUACGAGAAGAACCCGACCGACUUCAACGCCAUCCGCGUCGCCUAUGCCGGAAACUUUGCCCCCCUGAGCAACAUCGACAAGGAGGGCUUCCCCUCCGCGGCAUUCCACUCUUACACCUGGAACCUCAAGUGGGAUAACUACACCGGCGACUACGGCCUCGGAUUCCUGGGUCUCGGCCUCGGCCAGACCGUGUACAUUGUCAACACCGAGAAGUACGGCGAGGUUGUCUUUGGCGGUAACGUCAUCGAAUCUAGCGACAAGGCUGUCGUCGCUGAGCCGAGAGAUGCGGUCCGCCGCCGGGUGUUCGUCGCCGACUUGGGUCUCAAGAUCUCUUUGAGCGCCGGAGCCAUCGACACCAUCACCUACGACCGCCAGGCCAAGACCGUGAAGCUGAGUGUGAGCGCUGCCGCCACGGAGGCUGCGUUGAAGGCAUCGUCCGCCAUUGUUUGGCUUACCGAGCCGGCGGCGAAGAGUGCUUCAUUCUCGAUUGCCGGGGCUACCAAGGCCAGAGGUGGAUUCCAGAUCGAUCUUUCGAGUGGAAAGGCCGAGAUCACUAUUGCGAAGCAGUAG